AGUAUUGUUGGGGUCACGGCAUUCGGGAUACCCAUCGAUACAAGUGUUAACAGAAUUUUUUGUUUGAUGCUUGGCUUUAUUCUUUUUCUCUUUUGUCGGGGUACUAACAACAUACGAACCCAAGAUCAGAUGGUUCUUGUCGUCUGAAUAAAAAUCAGUCAAAAGGACCUCCCGCUUAUCAACGUUUUUGAUAUCCUUCGGUAAAUCACUUCUGUUUGCAAUCCGGGUACUAAUGCAAGUUACAUAUUUUUCAGUGAGAAACCAUGUUGCAAGGAUAAACGCGAUCUAAUGAGAUUGAUGAUCAGUUACAUGGUUACAUUUUCUGUACCUGUACGAUAAAAUUCACCAUCUCCAGCUUGUGGUUUGCCUGCAUAUAGCGGGCGUAGUUUCCAUCAAACAUGUCAUGCAUUUCUUGUUGAAUAUUUCCAAAACUUUUCAUGCAGCCGCAAAGCAAUCUUGUUUCCAGCGUGCAGCACGUGUAGAUUCGUCAUCAAAACAAAAACACCGUAAGAACAAAGAAUCGGUUACGUGACAUGGUUGCAGCAAAUAUUGGCGGUCCAAACCAAAAAGAGCUUUAGGAGUGAAAAAUUAUGGAGGCAGAAAAGUCCCCUAUACAAAUCAAUCUAACAAAAGCUUGAAUCCUCGUUGAUUGCCGUGACCUUCAUGCCGAGUCACGUAAGUUACUAAUUUUUCUGUUAGUAUUUUCUACUAUUAGUUCAAACAUUUUUUUGGUAAAAAACAUGUGAAACGCAUCAACAAGUUCACAAGUAUUUCUAGCCCUGGGCACUGGACCUAGUUUGCCUUUUAUAACAUCGGCCCUUCUCUGUCAACCAAUAUUGUCUGGUUUCUGGUUUAAAAAGUUAUAUAAAAGUGUUUCCUUUUUAUCCUGUUUAUUUUUAAUGAUACCUUUUCUUUACCUUUUCAGGAAUAUUCAUUGGCUGGUAGCUGGAUUCAUCAAGGGCAGAUUCUAUGGAAUGGACUCUUCUGUGAUAAUUUGAUAAUUGAGCAUUCUUUUUGUGUACGUGGGUUGGGGUUGGGUUCUUUAUCGUUAUCGCUGUCGUUUUCACCGUCACCGCUGCCGUUUCCCCUGUUUGCGCUAUCUUGUUUUCUGCUACCAUAUUUUGCUCCUUAUCGGACUCACCAUGAUCUUCAUCUGGAAUUUAGACUUCUGAUGCUCAUACAAACCUUUCUUGUUGCUAACGUCUUGGCGAGACAUUACCAUAUCAGGAGGCGAAAAACUCAUAUGCGAAGGCGAGUAACACAUACUCGACGGCGAGUAACAAGUCAACAUUCUGAUCUUACAGAAAACCAAAACAACAUCAAAAAUAUUCUGACCAGAGAGCGAAAAAAACAUUCAAAGGUGGUGCAGUUUAAAAAGGCGAUGGACAAGGACGUUCGCACUUUCCUGAAAAAUAAACAAGUGUACAACGCAAACAAAAAAACAAAGAAAUUGAUGGCAACUAAUAAACGAGACUUAGCUAAAGUGCAAGCAGAAUUCGCGAGCAUAUCUGGGGUGCAAGUCACAGAACUGUUUUGCACCGCUAAAGGAGACGUGGAAAGCGGUACAUUAAACAUGUGCAAUGAAUGUGCAUAUCGUGUGACGCUACCGGAAUCGUUUUAUCCUCGUCAUCACUACCACUUUACUUGCGGUAACUCUAAUGAUUAUUCAUGCCUUCAUGGAGAAGGAACUUGCAUGGAGAACGUUAUGACUACUACAGUGAAGUACGAUGAACAAGAAGUUGGAUGGAGCAAUUUUCCUGAUUGGAAAGAUUAUCCCAUUGCUUUCACUAGUUCUUGCUCCUGCCAAAUUAUACAAGGCAGUUUCUUGGGUGGUUUUGUUACAGGUUAAUAUACUAUGGGUUGAAGAACAUAAAAUUCAAAUACAGCAA